UUCUUCAAAUGUAUAUUACAAUUUCAUAACCUCAUCUUUUAAUAUCUUAAUUAAUAUAAUAUGCAUAAUAUAUUGGAAUAUUAUAUAUUACAUUAAAUUUUUAAUCGUCUGCUAAACGUUCUUAAUUUAGCCUUUCUUCCAAAUUAAAAAUUCUUUAAUCCAAAAUAUUUCUUCUAUCUUAUUUUUCUUUAUUUAAAUUAUGUUCAGCGUUUUCCCAUUUUUCUCUUAAAAUUCUUAUUCUUUAUUUGUUUGGGGAUUCUUCUUAAUUAACUCUUAUAGAAGAUUAGAAAGGAGAGAUAUAAUAUAAGAAAAAAUAUAAACUGCCAUAAAAGUUUAUAAUCUUCCUUUAGAUUAUGACGUUUAAUUAAUUUUGGAUACUUUUUCAAAAGUUGGAAAUAUAAAAGAACUUCGUUAACUUAUAUGCGGUUAAUUGAUUUAAGUUUCUAGUUAAUCAAUUUUUCCAUAUUCAUCAAAUAAACAAGAAACUACUUAUUACUAGUUUUAAUUUGUUCCCUAAACAAUAAUUGAAAAAGAUGCAUUUAUUGAAGUUACCUUCCCUUCUGAAUUUUUAGCAAACGCUAUUCCAAAAAGACCAGAAUGCUCUAUAAAAAAAGAAAAUGAUUAAUAUUUUUAAUAAGUGCCUUGUGUAACUAUAAAUAAUCGAAUCGUAAGAGCAGAUGUUUAGAAUAUACUAAAGAAUAUCUUCACGAUUGUAAUAGGAUAAAUAACUAAUCCCUAAUAUAAAGAUUAAUCUGGAUAAUUUUCUAUAAGGACAACUUAUUUGGAAGUAACUCAAGAUUAUUCAGAUACAUUUGGCUAUGUAGGAUUCGCUCCACCACCUUUAAUAAUUUAGGAUCCUUAAAUAUACAGAAUAAGUAACUAUCGUAUUAGUGAAGGGUCGUCAUGGGAAUUCUAAUUUAGAACAUAAAAUAGUUAUGGACCAGGAAACAGUUUAAGAUUUACAUUUCCAGAAGGAUAUCGUUCCUUAGGAGUAGGAUGUGAUAUAGUAGGUUAGUUUGGAAAAACGGCAAAAGCAAUACUUGCGCAUAAUUAUAGAACAAUAACCUGCUAAAGCGUUAAUAAAAAUAUUACUGAUAUAAAUAUUGCAAGAGUAAUAAAUAUGAUAAAUCCUGAUUUUAGUGGAAUCAUGUAAGGAUUUAAAAUUGAAGUAUUGGAAUUAGAUUCUUCUUUAGUUUUAGAAAAAGUAGAGUUUGGAGGAAAUAUAUAGAUAGAGCCAGGAAUAAUGAAGAUAAGUUAUAUAUCUUCUGAUAGCUUUAAAUGGUCAAAAUCUUUAUACUCAUUCUUUAUUAAUUUAGUUAACCCUGUAGGUUCUAAUGAUAGACUUUAUUUAAAUUUUACAAAUGAAUGGAAAUUAAAUGCAAAAAAUUGUACAAUAGUAAAUGGUUUCGAACAAAAAAAAAAUGAAAUGAUUUAUUGUUACUUAAUUCCAGAAGCAAAUGCCUAUAGAAUAGAAAACUUUGAAAAAAUAGAUUCUACAAAAAGACUAGUACUCUCAGUAGAAGUAGAGUCUCCUCAUUACGAAAACUAAUAUCCAGUAACAAUCGCAACAUAUAACACUCUGAGAAAUGCUGUAGUAGACAUGAAUACAGUUGAUAUAAUGAUUAAUUAAACUUACGGAGUUCUUGAAAAGUUUAGUGUGAAUCCAGUUUAGGCUCCCAUAACACUACGAGCGGGAGAAAUAGGGCCUUUAGAAAUAACUCUUUUUUUGAAAACGCAAUUACCAAAGACUGAUGUGGGAACCUUUGGUAAAUUUAGAAUAGAUAUAUUUCCUUAAAUAUUAAAGCCUGAGCCUUAAUAUGGAAAAUUAGUCUGCUUUUUUUACGCUGAUAAAUACUCAGGAGGUUUAAAUGGCGAAAACUGUGAUAAAGAUUGGGAAUUGGCGAGAACUGAUCGUACAGCAUUAAUAUAUUUAACACCUUUAGCGUAUUCAUUCAAGGAGAGUGAAAUUCCAAUAACGGUGACAACUUAAGGUAAUUUUGCUGGAAAACCUAAAGGAGUUCAAUUAAAUCCCCUUGUAUAAAGAUAUUUGUUUCAUAUACAUAUGUGGAAAUUUAAUGGUAAUAUAUUUACACUUGAUUCUACUGGCAAAGAAGUUCCUCCAGGAUAACCUCCAGAUGAAGUAUAUUUUACUGAAUUUAUUCCAAAACCAGAUGCUAUUAAUGAUGGAUCUGCAAAAGACGUUCCUAAUCCAGCCGGGUAAAUUUCAGAUUUAUCAGCUACAGUUUAUAGUGCCGGAUAGUUUACUAAUAUUUAAAUGAAAUAUAAUCAUUUGAAUGAUUUUAUUAAAGAUUAUACAUUAAGAAAACCUGAAAAUAGAAAUUAUAUCAUUAGAAUAGAAUUUAUUGGAUCUGCUUGGGAAACUAAUUUGGGUUGGGGAAAUGCAGCUAAUUUAGCCGAUGGCGAUUAAUGGAGAAAAGGAGAAAAAACACUAGGAUUUACUUCAAAGCAUAAUUAUUUAAUUAAAAAUUAUCCAUGUUAACUUGAGGGUAAUAUAUGGGAACAUAUAGAUCUGACAUAAAAAGCUAGUAAUUGUGAUUUGAAUAUAAGAGAAUAAAAAGAAUCAUUAAACGAAUAUCCUUAUUUGUAAGUUAAUUUAUUAUAGACUAAUUUCAUUUCUAAAACAUCAUAUAUAAAAAUAACUAUUCCUAAAAUAAAAAUUUCUAAUAAUGUCGAUUAUCCUGCAAUUAUUAAUUUUAAAAUUCUUGAAGAAACUCCUGGAUAAAGAGACCCAAUAGUUCCUAUUUGCUAAAUUGAUAAUAAAUAAAUUUUUGUUGUUACAAAAUUUACACCAUUAAGCCCUUAAGUAAUUACUGCAACUUAAAAUAAUCUAAGAUUAAAUACAAAAGAUAUUAAAUAUACUUAUACGUUCCCUUAAAGCAAUCUUGAUUUAAAUUAUGCUGUAAUAAUCGAAUUGCCUAAAGUAUAAAUGUUAUUUGGACCUGUUGCUUGUACUGGAGGUACAUGUUUGAAAUAUGACUAUCCGGUCAAUUGGAUUGUUUUUACACCUAAUAUUGCCUAAUUAACUACUGCAAAAAUAGAGAUAAUAGAAAAUUUUAUUACUAAUCCUGCUUAUAAUACUUAGUUCACUAUCAAUUCUUAUGUAUGGUUUUAAUAGUAAUUAGUUAAUAUAGGUUCAGGUACUAUUACUUAUCCUUAUAUGACAAUGACUGGUGGAAUAUUUAAACUUGAAGAAACAACACAACUAUAUUAAUCAAACUAAGUUAAAAAUACAAUAUCUUUCACAUUAGAAGAAGCUUUACCUGAUAAUGGCUAUAUUUCAUUAACAUUUAAUUGCCAUAAGCUAAAUACAGUAACAAAUUUCUUUUUUGCAACUACCGGAAUCACUGCGUUAGAUAAUUAAGGAAUAAGAUAUAUAGCAGACAGUGAUUCUAAGUUAGUAAUAUUUAACUUAAUGACAAUAGCUAAAUCAUCGUUAGUAACAAUUGUAAUUUCUUUAUAAUUGCCAAGUACUUUAAUUUGCUUGAAGCCAUUGGUAACAGUAGAAUUAGGUUACGAAUUUAAAACAGCUUUAAAUUCAGGCGUAAUGUUGCAUAGUCCAUCACCAUUAAGUUCCCAUUAGAUUCCUUCUAAUCCUUUAAUUUCAAGUACAGAUACUAAGUAUUCAAACUCACACUUUCUGUAUUUAUAUGCUACUGUAUUUACUGACUUCACUGUACAAUGGGCACAUUCAACUCCAGGUUAGUACAAUAUGUUCAUAUUUUCAUUUACUGUAAGCUAAGACAUUCCUGCAUAUGAUCUGGGAGGUAGAUUGUAACUUGAAUUCCCAACAUCAGAUGAUGAAGGAUUUGCUUUUAAUACUGAUUUAAAAUAUAAUCCUGGUAUUCUUUCUCCUAUAAAUGAUGAAAGUACUAUAGUGGGCACAGUAGGAGAAACUUUUCUCUCUACAUUUAAGAAAGAUACUUCAAAAAUUGUGCAUCAAAUGAAAAUUGCCUUAAUAUAAGGUGAUUUCUAUGUAACUGAAUUACCUGUUGGCUAUUUUAAUUUACCUUACAAAGAAAACAAAGGUAAUUUAGAAGAAUGCAAAUUAAGCACAACUUUUGAAUAUUGCAUAGUAUUCGAAGAUUCAAACUGGGUAGUAAGAAAAGCAAAAGCCGCUUUGGUUCCAACAGUUACUGGAAAUAUUGAAUUAUUCGCAUUAACAGAUAGAUCAGAAAUAGAUAAUAUUAACUUCUAAUCAUAUAUUUGGAGUUAAGGUAAAUUGACAAAUGUUGUUUUAGAAGUAAUUAAUAAAACAGCCUGGGAUGCAGCAUAAGGAUUGAUUACAAAUCUUGCUAUAGAUUUGGCACAAUGGGUUACUUAUGGAGAUGCAAGUUUUAAAGUUCCAGUUUCUAAGAAAUAAGUAGACAUAGUAGUAUCAUUCAAAAUUGCUAAUUAAAUUCCUGCAGAAGGUUCCAUAGAAAUUAGAUUUAAACAUGCAACACCAUUUAAGAUUUAUCCGAAUUGCAAAUCUCACAUAUCAGGUGGUAGUUAAUUAUUAUCAGCAGCUUAAGUAGAUGUUGCUUAAAAUGGAGAAAUAGGUUGUGCGAUAUAGUAAGAUUAUUCGUGGUAUAUUACAGGUUUUAAAAAAAUAUCUGGAUCAAAUGAUAUUUAGAUUACUGGAUAAAUUGACAUUCCUAGUACUGUAGCUCCGAUUUCUGUAUAGGUUUUUACUUAUGCAAACUAAGAUGAUAGUUAAAUUAAUUUAAAAGGAAAAAUUAUUGAUAAAUCGAGCCCGGUUGAUUCUAUUUUUACAAUUGGAAAACCUGCUUCCUUUAUUGAUGGAAAUAUAUUUUUGUAACAAUCAGAACCUUUAAAAAUUAAUUAUUAGGGUUUUUUUAAAGUUUAAGUAAAUUCUUAAUAUCUUGAAUAAGAUAUUACUUUCGUAUUUUAGAGAGUUUCUGGAACUAUUUAAGGAUUUAAAUCUUUAUUUGCAAAUAGAGAAAGUAUCGUUUGUUUUGCUUAAAAUGUUGAUAAUCCAGAUAUUACAAUUCCUUUAUUUUAUAACUUUAAUAAUUAUUUAACUGAUAUUGCUGCACCUAAUUUAUCAAAUGACAUAACUAUUAAAUGUGAAAUAGAGACCAAUUUACUAAUUCCUAAUAAAGACUAUGUCAUUACUUUGGGUUUAUAGGAUAAAACUACAGGCGUUUUAUCAGGUUUAACAAGCUUUUGGCCUUCCAAUACAGGCAUUUUCAAUGUUAUUAUAUCAUCUAAAGCCUAAACUAAUUACCAUAUUGAAUACAUAGAAAUAUAUCCUGAAGAAUUUACACUUCUAGAACUGAUUUCUACAAAUAAUUUAUCAGGUUAAUCCAAUUUAUUAAUAUUUACUUUUACUCCCAAAGUCAAAAUUGCUGUGGAUUAUGAUUACCUAAUAAUAGAAUUAAAUACAAAAUCAUUAGAUGGUACAUCUGUUUUUGAUGACGAUUUAGGUCUUUCUUCUUAUGAGAAUUUAAACAAAAUUCCAGCUGAUGUUUAAGGAAAAGCUAAUUUAAUCGCAACAUGUAGAAUAUCAAGGGGACUUUCAGCAAAUAAUAUUGCAAGCAAAAUUAUAUGUUUUUUUAAUGCAGACAUUAGUACUUCUGAUAGAAUAAUGCUAUUUCUUCAUGUCUAGAAUCCUAAUAUAUUAUUAUAUUAAAUGUAUAUCCCUGUCAUUGUUUAUACUUAAACUAAAGGAAAAUUGCCGAAAACUAAUUGGAGUAUUUUAGAGUUUUCAUAUUUCGUUGUUGAAAUAUCAUCUGCUAAAAUCUAUAACAAUGAUAGUUUUGAUCCAUCAAAAUAUGAUAAUAAUAUCACUUUAAAAUUCUCUUUAUCAGCCUCAAUUAGCAAUAUUGAAAAAUAUUAUUUUGUAGUGUAAUUUAAUUUGCCUUAUCUACCUCUUUCAAGUGCAUCUCCGUCUUGUUCAGUCGGAAAUAUAUAUGUCUUAAUUAAUAAUAAAAUGCUUGUUUGUUAACUUACAAGUCCUAUUGCUACAAAUUUCAUUGAAUUCAAAGAUGUUUUCGUUUUCGAAAAACAAUCUAUCCUUUAUACAGCAGAUUAACUAAAAAUAAUGGGAUGGGCAAUAACUAGAAGUAAUGCCCUAUAACCUUAAUCAACUUCAAUUGAUUUCGAUAAUGAAUGUAUUGAAUUAUUCACUUGGGAUGGAGAUUUAGAACCUUCUUCUGUAAUCCUUGUUGGAAAAUCUAAAUUUGCAGUUAAAGUCAGUGCUACUUAUACAAAUUUACCAUCAGGAAAACCUUUUGAUAAAUUUGAAAUUAUUGACGAUAGAUAUAUGGAAACAGAAGAUAAUUUAGGUUCUGGUUAUGGGACAUUAAUUAUUGAAAAUGUUUUGGCUCCAGCAAAAGAUUUUAUUAUAGAUUCAAUAACGAAUAUAGAAUUUAUUCCUACUUUAAAAGAUGCUUUAGAUAAGUAUAAUGAUGCUAAUAAUGUAUAAUUUGACAGUAAACCUUGUUCUUUAGUUUGCAGAAUUAAUGGAAAGUUAUAAACUUAAUGUGAUUAUUAAAAUAAUAAAAUUGUUUUCGGAAUUAAUGCAUUAUUUGGAGAUUAAUUCAGAAUUACAUUAGAUAUUGUAUGUUUGGAUAGUUUUCCUGAAAGAAAAAUUUUAGGUUAAUUAAAUGAUAUAAAUAAUAUAUAAGACAAUUUAAAUGUUAAGAUUAAAUUUCCACCAGAUACUAUGAUUCAAGAUUAUGAUAAUAAGACUACAGGUUUAAAUGUUAAGUACAAUAAAUUUUAAUUAAAAACUGUAUUGGAAGAUGCUCCGCUUAGAUUUUUAAUAAGAGAUUCUUAACUCAAUAUGUUAAAAGGUUUUAAAAUAAUUUUAGAAAAUGCAUUAUUAGAUAAUCCUUCAGUCCCAGUUAAACCAGCAUCACUUAUUGAUGUUUCUACUAUGAAUGGCUAAUAAACUGAUUUAAUAAUUGAAAUUUUUACUGACAAUCCUACAAUGGCUGCCAUUUUAAAUAAUGAUACUGAUUAUGAAUUAUAAGUUAAAUUCUUAACUAAUUCUGGAUUUUUUAUUAAAAAAGAUUAUAAAAUUAUAUUUAAAGGUUUUGAUAAUAUAGCUAUUGAUAUUUUAUAUUUUCAAAACUACAUUACCAUUAAUAACAUGAAUAAUAUUAAUAAUUAUAUUAAAUUAUAAAAUUUUUAUUUGACUUCUAAAUUAAAAUCAGAUAAAACAUCUAUGUAUAUAUAAUUGCAAACGCAACAAGCUUUUACUUUAUCUACAAAAAUAGAUGACUUGUAUUUAUUAGAAUUAAUAUUCCACCAAAUUAAUGUAUAAGAAGCAUUUGGAGCUACUGCUUAUGAAGAUUCAAAUAAAUUCCUAUUAUCUUAGGCUACUCCAUUAAAUCCUUUAUAGGAUAAUAUUAUGAAUGACAAAAAGCAUAAAGUGAAAAUAUGUGCAAAUGAUGGUUUUUUCUUAAUUAAAGAAGAUAAAAAACCUUUAAAUUCAAUAGAUAAUUUAUAAGUAUUUUAUGAAUCACUCUAGGUAUCAGGUGCUACAAUUAAUAAUGAUCUAGGAUCUUCUCAUGAAGCGUAUAAAUAGAUAUUUGAAUUAAAAGCUGAAUUACUAGAGAUAAAAGCUGUUUAAGGCAUAUAAAAAUUCCUAGAAUGUUUAAAUUUAGAUUAUAUGGGUAGAUCUUUACCUGUUUCAAUAACUGGAGACUUAACAAUUUAAAUAACAGGACUAGAUGAAGCUCCGAAACCAACGUCAUGGACUACUUUAACAUUAUAUAUGUAUGUUCUUCCAAGCAGUGGUUUAAAAACUACUACAACAAUUGAAUAUGAAGUAAAAGCUAAGAUAAAAAAAACUGACACAUAUUAUUUUUGGGAAGCAUAAGUAGAUUACAUACAUCACUCCAUCUAUACGGCUAAUAAAGACUUUUGCUAAUUCUUGGCUUAAAAAUCAGUUAGUUAAUUUGAAUUUGGUAUGCCUUACUUUAUGGAAUUAAAUUAUAAUGAUGCUACACCAAAUAUUUUUUAAUUUAGACCUCCUUUAUCUGCAUUAGAAAAAGAUACUAAAUAUUUAAUAAAAGGAUAACAUACAAAACAAACGUUAAACUUCGUAAAAAACUUAAAAGUACCUGCUUAAUAAUAAAUAGUUAUUACAUAUGGAUUAACUAUGGAUAAUAUAGAUUAUUAAUAUGUUAACUUUAAGGAUCCUUUUAAAUAAUUAAAUACUCAAUAUGCAAGUAUUACUUAAGAAUAAUUCAAUUAUCUUACUGUAUAAUUUAGUUUGUAAAGUGUUUCAGGUUCAGGAAUAGAUUAGACUGUUUACAUAGAAUUAAAUCAUAUGAAUUGGGAAAAUGUAGGAAAUGAAAUUAUCGACCUUGCUUUUACAAAUGUUUAUGUUGGAAAUUUUGGUUAAGAUACUAUAAAUGUAUGUAAUUCUGCUCCUACAAAGCCAAUAUAAAAAUAAAAACCUGACCAAAAUUAAUACUCAAUAGCAAUAUCUAGAGGUAGAAUUAAUUUAUAUUCAGAAGGCUUUCUAAAAUUUGUUGUAUACAAUCAACAUACUAUUUUGGAAGGUUCAACAAUAACUUUGGAACUGCCAUAUGAUAUUUUCGAACCUGCACUUCCUUUAGAUUAUAAAUUUUUGUAAUAAACAGCUGAAUAAUCACCAACUGUUUUAAUCCCAAAUACUACCAAAUUCGAUGCAGCAGAUGGUUAAAUAAUAAAAAUAAAAAGAAUUGAAAAAACUUGUAAAUAUGAAAUUACAGGAUUUAAAUAAAUAAAUCCUUCUACUUCAACUUCUAUAAUCUAAAUAACUUUAGGUUACAAAAUUAAAAAAAUACUUUUGCCUGCUAACUUUUAUAUAAAAUAUGAAGUAAAAGGACCUAAUGGUGGAGUUACAGAAAGUUAAACUCUAAAUAAUUAAUGGGGUUCUUCUGCAAAUAAUAUUUAUUUAUCAGAUCAAACUGUUGAGUUACCUUUAAUAACUGGAAUAAAAGAAAAUUAUUAAUAUAUAAAAUAUAUUGAUAGUGAAUAAGUAGGUCCCUUAUCUUUUUAAUUUAAAUUAAGUACAAACUCUAUUUAAUCAGUCGAGAUUACUAUUCCAAAUGAUUUUCAAUCGCCAGCAGCAGCUACUCCUGCUUUAACACCAACUGAAUUUUAUUUACGUUACUAGAAAACAAAUUAAGCAUAUUGGGUAUAUUCUCCAGAUAUAAAAAGUAUUGAAAAUACAAUGAAAUUAACUUUUCCUUUAUCAAAUAUUGAUUAUUAAAUAUAAGCUAACCAAUAAUAUACUGCUAUAAUUGAAGGAUUCUAACUUUAAUAAACAUACAAAUAUCCAAAAACAACGAACUAUAAAUAUAUGUUAUUCUUCAUAAAAGCAAUUCAAGCUUCAUUAUAACAAGAAUAUAAAAGAAUAUAUUAUGUUUAAGAUCCGUUGCCAAUAAAAGCAGCAGAUUUUAAAUUCAUUGCCUUACAUAAAGAAUAUAGUCACUGGACAGUUUAUAGAAUUUAAGUAAUUACGUAAGUAGAAGUUAAAUUAAAUGAUGAAAUUUGGAUAGAAUUUGAAAGCAAACGAGGUGCUUGGGAUUAUGAUUAAGCCUCUGGCGAUUACUUAGGUACAACAUACAAAAGAAAAACUCUAGAUUGCACAGAGAAAUUAAGAAAAAUAGUUUCAGACAAAAAACUAAUUUGUGAAUUAUUCCAGAGAGGAGAAUAUGGUCUAAGAAAUAUUUGGCCUAAGAUCCGGAUUUUAAUUACCAAAGACAUAGCUAAAGGUAAUAAUAUUGAUAUUUUAAUUGCAGGGAUAAAAAAUCCUCCAAAUACAACACUAGUAGUAGGAGUAAAAUUAAGUAUAAGAACAAAAGCUUUAUAAGAUCCUAAGGAUUUUCCUUUAGUAGCAAGACAAAUAAAUUAUAGUUUUUUCUAACCAAACUCAAUUAAAGCAACAAUAUAUGCACCAUAACCAAGUAACUAUUAAAAUAGUUUGACAGCAGAAGGAACAACUCAUUCAAAAUCAGUUAAGCAUAAAAUAGUUUUAGGAUUUUCUUCUGCACCUAAAGUAGGAGAUUGGAUAUGUAUAUAUUACACAUUAAAUAAUAAUUCUGAAAUGAGUGAAAUUUGCUAAGCCCCAGAUGAAUGUUUUAUUUUUCCUACUUUAGGCUAAGUAAUUGUAAAAAUAAAUAAUUCCUUUAUUUCAGCUGCUUUACCUGCAAAUCAUGUAAACUUUAGUAUAGAUCAAAUGAAUAAUGGACUAUAUAGAUAUGCAGGUAAUUUCAACAUAGAAUAUUGGGAUAAUAGUGGUAAUUUAGUAUAAGCUUAUACAACAGAAGGAUUAAAAUAUGAAUAUGAUAAUAAGUAAAUAAAUAAUGACCCUUUAGGAAAACCUUAUCCACAAUAUUCAGUUGAAUUUUAACCAACUUUAACUCCUUUAGAACCUGAAUUUAUAAAUAAAUAUUGGUUGUCCGAUUUUUGGAAUAUAGCAUAAAUAAAAAUAAAAGGUCUAUGGAGAUACUCAAAUAUAAAAACAUUCUGGAUAACUUUACCAAGGCAAAUAGAUACUUACGAUAAAAGAUAUUGUAAUGCCACAAUAAUAGAUACAGUUCUUCAUAAACCAUAUCCUAGUAAUUUUAACUGCGUAGUUUUAGAUAGAAUUGUUGGUUUGGAGUUAACAGAAACAAUACCUAAAUGGGAAGAAGGAAAACACGAUACAUUAGAAAUGUAAAUCUAUUUAAAAUUUUUUAUAAAAGAAUUUUAAUAACCUAUUGAGACUGACUGUUUUUGGAUUAGUACAAGUGUAGCAACUAUACUUAAUACCAAUUUAGAUAAACUAUUUUAAUUAGAUGAAUAUGAAGGAGUUACUUUAACCUGCAAAGCAAUUAAUAUUUCCCCAUAUAUACAACCGAAUUUAAAGGAACUUACUUUUAACACUUUAAGUUUUUAUGACAGAAAAGCUCGGCCAAAUCAAGAUGUGGAAUUAUACAUGCUAUUAUAACCAAAAACUUCCGUAAACUAAUUUAAAGUUGAUAGAAUAUUAUUCAGAAUUCCCGAAGAGUUUAACUAUCCCCCAGUCUAAUAUUUUAACGAUUGCAGAAUUAUUGGAAAAACAGAUGAAAAAGCUUAACUUUGUAUGUUAGAACGUAAAUUUGCAAGGACUUACAUAACAGUAAUACCGAAUAAUGAUUAUGACCAUUCAGUAAAAAUAAUAAAAAUACAGGAUAAUGCAGACAUAAAAUUAACUAAAGUUUUCCUCAAAUCUCCUUUAAUGCCAGGAAAUAAAUAUAAUAUAACAGCUAAUCUUUAUUCUGGAAACCGUCUUUUAGAAAAAACUACAAUAAAUAUGGCUAGUGUUGUUGGAUUCUUAUUGCCUGAAUUAGAUUAUAAAAUAAUAUCAAAUUUAGAUUUUGCUAGAAAAAGUUUAUACAUAUUUAAAUUUAAAAUCGGUAAUUAAAUAGCAGUGCCAGCAGGUUAUGAUUCUUAAUUUGCAACUGUAUAUUCAUCUAUCGACUUUAUGUUUGAAACUAAUUAGGGUUUUUUGAAAAAUCUAGGUACUGGAUUAGAUACAGGAGAUUAAUUGGGUUGUGUUUCUCCGACUUUAAAAACUACUGUUAAAAAAAGACUUAGAUGCACUCUCAAAGUUGGAACUGGUCCUGAAGAUCUUCCUAAAAUUAUUGUUUAGGAUUAUGAAGCAAUACCUAUUAAUUAGUCAGUAGUUAUAUAUAUUACAGAUAUUCAGACCCUUUAAUAAUUUGAAUAAGUAAAUAUAAAAGUUGGAGUUAAGUUCUAUUAAAAAAAAAAAAAUGAUCAACCUUACGUUUAUGAUCCAUUGAGUACACUAAAUCCAACCAUAGUUGACAAAGCAGUAUUAGAUUUAUUGCCUAGCGGAGCCCCAGCAAUUCCUAAUGAAAUAAUAUAAAUGGAUCCUAUAAUUGACAAUAAAACAAACAAAGUAUGGGACACUUUUGAAUAUACAUUCAAAUUCAAAGGAAUACCUUUAAUAUAAAAAACUGAUUAUAUCGUCUUUAGGUUCCCGAAAGAUUAUUUUUAUAGGUUUAGUGAUUAUUCAAGCGUAGAAGCAAUCGUAGACGGAAAAAAAGCAACAGAUAUAUUUGUAUUUGUUUAUGUAGCUCCAGAUAUAAUAGUUGGAGGUCAUAAUGGCAUGGCUUACAAAUUUUACUUUAAAAUCGGACAUUAAAUACCUGAUGACCAAGGAGCAGUAAGUAUAGUAUUCCCGUCUCUUUACAAAUAUAAUCUUUAUACAAUGGAAGCUUAAUGUAAUCCACUUAACUUCCCUGAGACUAGUAAAGUUUCAUGUGCAAUAGGCUCAUCUAAUAGAGUAGAUGUUUUUCUUAAUGGAUUUUAAUAUAAUGAAAAUAAUUAAUAUGGUGUAGUUGUUUCAAAUGUUAAUUCACCUAAUGAAAUUAUGGACUUAAAUAUGCUGAAGCAUAUUCAGUCUAAGGAAAUUAAUACGGCUUGA